AUGGAUUCCUUUGUUCAAUCUUCUUGGCAGUUUUUGAUCACACAUUUCAGUGAAUUUCAACUGGCCUGUCUCGGAACUUUCUUUCUGCAUGAAGGUGUUUUUUUCCUGUCCGGACUUCCUUUUAUGAUGCUUGAAAGGACAAGGUGGCUCAGCAAGUAUAAGAUUCAGGGAAAAAAUAAUAGUCUUGCAGCUCAAGAGAAAUGCAUCAGUCGGUUGAUACUGUAUCAUUUCGGGGUCAAUCUACCUGUUAUGAUAAUUUCCUAUCCUUUGUUCAAGCGCAUGGGCAUGCAGAUCAGUCUUCCAUUGCCAUCCUGGAAAGUCAUUUUAACCCAAAUAAUCUUUUACUUCAUACUGGAGGAUUUUAUAUUCUACUGGGGACACAGGAUAUUGCACACAAAAUGGCUGUACACACAUGUGCAUAGUGUUCAUCAUGAGUAUGCUACUCCAUUUGGACUUACUUCUGAAUAUGCUCAUCCUGCUGAGAUACUUUUCCUUGGAUUUGCUACCAUUAUUGGUCCUGUUCUCACGGGUCCCCACUUGAUGACUCUGUGGAUAUGGAUGAUUCUAAGAGUCUUGGAGACAGUUGAGGUGCAUAGUGGUCACCAUUUUCCAUGGAGUGUUUCAAACUUCAUUCCAUUGUAUGGGGGAGCUGAUUUCCAUGACUAUCAUCACCGGUUGCUGUACACCAAGUCUGGAAACUAUUCCUCAACCUUUACUUACAUGGAUUGGAUUUUUGGAACUGAUACAGGAUACAGAAACUUGAAGGCAUCCAAGAAAGCCGAAGCUGAAAGCUGCUGUGUUGAUAUCAAAUUCAAGGGCAUGUAG